CGACUCGAUCCAGCCUUUUUUCCAUUGUCGUUGCUGUCGUUGUUGUCAGAUACCACCUGCAACCACACCCAACAAAAGAUUUGAUUACUCGUAGUAUUCGUCCAAUCCUUUCCUAUACGUUUCGUAGAACCACUAGGUGUCAAUACAUUUCGGAACCGCCGAGCACAGCCAGUUACUGUUACCAUGUCACUCCAAGGAACCGUCAAAUUUUUUAGCCAGAAAGGCUUCGGGUUCAUCACCCCGAGCGAUGGCACGGACGACGUCUUCGUCCACUACACCCACAUCAACAAAGAAGGCUACAAAACUCUGAACGACGGCGAAUCGGUGACAUUCGACAAAACGUUCGACGAUGCGAAGCAAAAGUGGUCGGCCAGCAACGUGACGGGAGCCGGGGAUGGCGUAGUGAGGCCGAGGCACAACCACCAGGGCGGCCGCGGCGGCGCCUACGCAUACGGUGGCGGUCGUGGCGGUGCCGUGUACCAGGGAGGAUCCCCCUACAACGCGGGUGGUGGCCACCCCGCCUACGGAGGUCCCGGUGCCUACCAGGGAGGAUCCGCCUACAACGCGGGUGGUGGCCACCCCGGCUACGGAGGUGGUGGCCACCCCCAGGGUUCCUACCCCGGAGGCGGCGCUCCCGACUACCAGCAAGGCGGCGGUGCUCCGCAGCAGCAGCAGCAGCAGCAGUGGUAAUCGGUAGAUCCGGCCAACCGCACGGAUGGUUGGCCUGGCCUAGCCCGGCCUCGCUUGGCUGGGCUGGGCUGGGCGGACCAGACUCGGUUUUCCGCGUGACACACCACGAACGCAGCAUCGCAAGCAAGACUCGAGAGGCAGGGGAGAAACGGAUGCGGAUCGUGCGUACGUAACGUACUCUAUCGAACAGCAUUCGGAUACCAACUCGAACAGAAUUACGAUGUGCCGAAAGAAAGAAGACACCUGAAUGAUAUUGUAUCGGAUGGAAUAGACAGGCGCAACGCCGAUACGACUACACUGUAGACUAUGAUACUCUCUUUAGAAAUUUUCUUCCUUCUGGGGAUUUACGUAAACA